AUGUCUUCCCCAAUGAUCGUCACCGAACUUGGACCGAUGGGUGUCAAGCCGGGCCUCGAUAUCAUGGACGAGUCCACCCCAGAAGGUCAGAUUUUCUUGGGAGUCUACCGCAAGAUCAUCGCAGCACCUGGUGCUCCUCACCGACUCUAUCUGGGACUCGAGUUAGAGGAUCCAUCCCUCGUCUGGGGAUUCUUCGAUUGGGACUCUGUUGAGGACCACAAAAAAUUUGCCAAAGAGUAUGGCGAGGAAUUAACCAAAGAUCUGUCUAAAGUCUUGGCCUAUGGCGAAUUCGGCAGGCAUGUCACUGCCACGCCAACCUUUUCAGAUGCGUUGAAGUCUUCUGUGACGGAUGUCUUCAUUAUUUACUACCCUUCGGACAUCACCGCUGAGUCAAAGAUGACGGCGACCACACGCCUUCAGGAGAUUCUCGAAGAAGCCUUCGGGCAAGUCCCUGAUGUGUCAUUCACUAGCUAUGGCUGGUCAAUUGAAAAUGAUGUUCCUGUGAAGGGAGGGGAUCCCAUCCAGACUGGCACUAUCCUGUCAGCAUUCAUUGGCUGGUCUACUCUCGAGGCCAACAACACCUUUCGGCAGUCAGAGGCCUACAGGCAAAUCGAAAGCAAGCUUGAGAAUAUGGAUGGAGCGAUCAAGCUGAGACCUUUUCGUCUUAGCUGCACUGUACUUGAGAAAACGGCACAGUAG